CCGCGCGCAAGCCACUCGCAGUUUUGUCCUUACUCAGCCACAGCUUGCAAUUUACUCGUUCAAUUCGAAUUGAGAACACUUUAUUUUUUUUAAUCGUGGACUUUGAAUGUAGUGUAGUGCCAUGGCGUUGCUGCAAGGACCUUCGCUGAAACAGCUGGAGAUGAUCAAGCAGGAGUUGGGGGAAGGGGAGGAGGACCUGGAGAGAGGGGUGCGAGACCUGAGGAGCAUGUGUGCAGCCUCGCCACAUCUACCACGGCCUGAGACCAUAGACACAAGUUUCCUGGAGCUAUUCGUGCGUGGCUGUCGCAUGGACAUGGAGCGCGCGCGCACAAAGUUUGAGGCAUUUUGUGCGUCCAGAGGGCGCCACAGGGACCUGUACCAGCAGCGUUCGCUCAACGACCCGCCUCUCAACGAUAUAUGCAACUUUAUGGAUAUAGUGCCGUUACCAAAGCUCACAGACGACGGUCUCCGAGUAACCAUAUUCCGCAUUAGGCCGCAGUACCCAGAGAGCAGUGCAGAUAUAGCGGCCACUGUUCGUGCUGUCCUGCUCGUGGCUGACGCGAGAAUGCGGGACGAGAAGGCUAUCGUUGGCGACGCGUUUGUGUGGGAUGUAUCUGCGGUUCGAGCGUCGCUAGUGGCGCGCGUAGCGGCUGCGGCGGGCACAGUACGGCGCGGCAUCCACCUCGCACACGCAGCGUAUCCGCAACGGCUGAAACGCAUCCAUGUCGUCGGUGCGCCCACCUUCAUCGCCUCCUCACUGCAGCUCAUGCGGUCCUGUAUGAAUGAGAAAGUCAAACGGCGGUUUUAUUUGCACUCCAAAGUGGAGGAGUUGCUCGAGCAAAUCCCCGCGCGAGUGUUGCCAGCCGAGUGGGGCGGCGAAGAGGAGUCCAUAGACUCGAUCGCCCGGAAGUGGCGGCACCGCAUCGACGAGAGUCGCGACUACCUCCGCAACCUCAAUGACCUCUCCUCCUCAAACGCCAAAAGCGCAGACAGCGACAUCUAUGGCGCAGUUGGCGCUUUCAGAAAACUUGACAUCGAUUAGACUAUGGUUCAAAAACUUUUUAAAAAUACCGCGUAAAACUUUUGUGUGAGUGGUUGCAGAUGUUGCAGAGUGCGAGCCUCGCAGUUUGUGAUGGGGAUAUAGGGGGGUUAUGUUUACGUUUAAUAAUUUAAAUACUGUCACUGUAACUAACGCACCAAAGAAUGAAGAAGAAUGUCAUAUUCCAAGUGAAUUGUAUUCAACUGUUUCGUGUUAAAGGUGUUUUGAUCAAUUUGUCGUUUAAUACUUUGUUGUGUUACAUGUAGCGUAGACGUUCCGACAUAUUGAGCGUAUUUAUUAUAUUAGCAAUAUUUAAAGAUUAUAAUCUCGUAUACAGCAGGCUAAUUAAAAUACGUUUUAAAAAUGUGUCGGGUUUCUUGGACGCUUAGUGUAAGCAAGAGUAAAACAAAUGAAUGGGGAUGAUAAAACUUCAGUUUUAUGUUCAAAUUAUCGUUUGCUUGGUAGUUAUGUUUAAAAAUAAAUUGGGUACUUACUUUAAGUUGCCCUAUAGUUUAAGAGCCUAAGUUAAGCAUGAUUAUUAUUAUAUAAAAAAUAUUAAAAAUAUUUACGAAGGUA